AUGCCGGCGCUGCACCCUCGCGUCCAGUGGCGGGAACGGAGUUCCUGGCGUGAUGCCCCGCCUUGCGCCUAUGGCGACGCGCUUACCUGGGAGACUAUGCACGGGCCGCGGCGUCCAGCUUCUGCAACCGCGAAAGCAUCUGCCUGUGACGAGCGAAGCGCGGAUGUCGGAGCCCACGACGAGAGCGCUGCGCGUCGAGCUCGUACCCUAAUCACCGAGCAUCUUACAGGCCCCGUUCUGGGGGAAGGACUCUCGUUUACGCCAGGUUUGGAGGCUGUGUGUGAAAAGUUGGUGGAGUUCCUGGUAGCAGCGCUGGCUCCGGACUCCGAACAGCGGCGGCGAGCAGUCAAAUCGCUUCUCAUCGCUGGUCCUCAAGGCAGUGGCAAGUCGAGUGUCGUUGAGACUGCGCUUGCACGAUAUCGAAAACGAACGCCGCGUGCCCGCCCUGCUAUUUUCUAUCUUGACGGAGAGAUUUUCGCAGACGGCGAUCUCAGCGCGUAUCGGAGCUUUGUGGCGCAGCUACGACGCGAGUUACGAUUGUAUGACGGGCGUUUUCCAUCGCGUUUUGCGGGCUGGGAGUCUCCGUUACCGGAGACGAGCUCGAUGCCCGACGAGGAAGUGCCCGCGAAUGACGUUCCGCAUCAAGCGAGCGCUUGUAUCGAAGCGAUUGUGGAACACGUUCAAACGUUGCUGCGAUGGACGCUCGAGAGCGCUGAGCGAAGCAUGUCUGAUGCCGGUGUACAUCGGAUUGCGGGUAUCGUGCUGGUACUGGAUAACAUCGACUACUUUGCGCGGCGGAUGCAGCAUGUCAGGCAGCACUUGCUGUAUAGCUUGUUCAACAUGCUGGGGUUCGAUGAUGCUUCGCCCUUCGUAAUUAUAGGACUCACUCGUCGGUAUGACGCGAUGGAUCUAUUUGAAAAGCGCGUCCGCUCCAGAUUUUCACAGACGGUACUUCACGUACCCUUACCGGAAAGCAGUGAUGCAGUACGGACGCAUCUAGCGUCGAAGCUUGAGGCGUUUUCGAAACCCGAGGUGGUAUCGAUUUGCCCGAGACUGGCAGCGAGCGCACGUGCUCUGCAGCAAGUGCUCCUCGAGGACCAGCGCCUAGCGCGCAGCAUUGCGGAUCUCUUUCGUCACUGUCGAGUUAUGCGAUUAUACCAGGGGGCCUUGAGCCACGCACUCGUUGCGCUGACGUACGCUGCGAUGAUGAAUACGUGCGAGGCGACCGCUUGCCUCGAGCAACAUCUGGUGUCGCAUGUGGCCCACCGAGACAUACGACAGAGAUUGCUCGGCCUCACUUCUGCUGAACUGGCAUUGCUGGUCGCGCACAGCAGAGCAGCUCAACUUAAUGAGAACCGGUUUGCUUCAUUUCAGCAGGCCUUUGCAGAAUAUCAGCGGUUCGUCGGCAAAAGCGCCAUGCUCACCACGCAUCAUUCGCAGCGUGCGACUGGCCUUGUUGCAUGCAAAACGUUGUCUCAGGUAGAGGUGGACGGUCAGCGUAUCGGAGGUAUCUUUCAGUCCGAGGCUGUAGCGCUGCGCAUUUUCGAGCAGCUGCUCGACCUCGAACUUCUUGUUGUUCCUGACGGGGCGCGCUAUGCAUGUCCAAGCAAACUGCAAAUGCCGCUCGUGCCUACGUUUCCCGAAGUCGUCCUAGUAGACGUCGUCCAGGAACAUCCCCACGCGAGCACCAGUCUCAGAAUCUGGUGCAAAUCAUGGCUCGAAUAG